AUGUCCGACACUCAACACACUUUCAAAGAGCACUUUAGCGUAAAAGAGGCCGAGAAGCAUUUGCGGAACAUCGAAACAGUCGACGCGAUUCUUAACCGAAUUAAGCGCAUUCGGGUUUUUAAAGGCACCGAUGCUUUAAAGUACUUAAUGAAUCAACAAGGUUUAGUCAGUACGGAAGCCAAGCUAGUUAUGGAGACCUUACUUGAGAACCACUACAUAUCGCGUGUGCAACAGCUAGGAGACCAGUACACCUUGGAUAUCGGGUACAGCUUCAACAUCAACCACGAGUAUAUCUGGCUAGUAGACGGAUCUCGUGCCUACACCAUAGGCAUAAGUGUAGCUAUUUUAGUAGGCGCUCUCAUUAUGGCCCUCUUCCCAAUCUGGCCGAGAAGCAUUAAGAUGGGAACCGGGUACUUGUUCUAUCUUAUAUUUGGACUCUUUAUUCUACUAAUUAGUAUUUCGAUAGUUCGAUUGAUUGUGUAUUUGGUAAUUAAGGCUGCAACUGGCCAGAACUUCUGGAUCUUCCCUAAUUUGUAUGAGGACUGUGGCAUUCUAGAGAGCUUUGUGCCUCUCUAUGGCUGGACAGAAGAUGAGGCAGGCCAGGAGCAAGGAGAAGAUUGCCAAGAGGCCAGUAAAGGCCACACUAAAUGUUAA